UAAGAUUCAUUAAAAAAUAAAAAAAUUUUAUGUUUAUGUAGCAGCCGAAAAUGCGACAGAAACCAAACCAGGAGCCAAAUCAAAUACAGACAGAUCUGGAUACGGAUCCCUUGCGUUUGCCCACAUCGGUGCUCGUCGAGGAUCCCAGAUAUCGCAUUAAGCCCAUGCAGCAAGUAAUCUCUGCGCUAAUUGGCGGUCUCAUCACCACAUUUGUUGUAACACCACUGGAGGUGGUCAAGACACGUGUCCAGACACAGACGCAGAACGCUGCGCGAAAGCAGACUGUUGUGUCCAAAAUUUGUUAUGUUUUCCACAAUGGCCUGAUGACGCACGUCUGCAAACCAAACGGUAGUGACUGCGUGGCCAAGCCAGGCAUCGAGAUUGGCAACCUGAGCCCUGUGCGUGGGGCCAUGGAUGCAUUUCUCAAAAUAAUAUGUGGCAAGGGCGUUGGCGGUCUGUGGUCUGGUCUAAGUCCGACACUUGUGUCUGCUUUGCCCUCGACCAUCAUUUAUUUUCUCACCUAUGAGUAUCUAAAGCAAGCCAUUAACAAUAUCUACUAUGUAAUGGAGCCUCGUGAUCCCUGGCAAACGAGUAAUGAGAUAGAGAAAAAAAUGUCGAAAUUACCCACACCUUGCAUAGUGCCCAUGAUCUCCGGUAUUUGUGCCCGAACUGUAGUCGUUACGGCUAUUACACCGCUCGAGAUGGUGCGCAUUAAGAUGCAGUCCGGUUAUAUUACAUACACGGAAUUGUGGCAGGUGUUGCGUUCGCUAAUUAAAUCCCAUGGUGUGCUUGGCCUAUGGCGCGGGUGGCCGCCCACUGUUAUGAGAGAUGCACCCUUUUCGGGAACCUAUUGGGCUGCAUAUGAGUCUAUGAAGCGUGCUUUUAAUGUGAGUGAGCCAACAUUCUGGUUCAGUUUUGUGGCGGGAGCAGCUGCCGGAGCGUUGGCCACUCUAGUGACCAUGCCAUUCGACUUGAUUACCACUCAUACGCAGAUCGAGCUUGGUCAAGAUGUGCUCUAUUCAGAUAACAAGGGCGCCUCAAAUGCCAGCGCAACCGCCAGUACGAGUGCUCCAGCCAGGCAAUCAGUUUUUGGACGCCUCAGUAACAUUUAUCGACACCAGGGUGUGCGUGGACUUUACGUGGGUGUUAUGCCCCGAAUGUUGCGCGUAGUGCCAGCCUGUGCCAUUAUGAUAUCCGCAUUUGAGUACAGUAAAGCUUUUUUCUUUCACUACAACCUAGAUUUGCAAGAAACAGCGUACCGACGUGCACACUAACCCGCCAAACAUGCCAGAAACAUCAAAGAAGCAACAGAGCAGUUAUGGUGUGUCAGCAGU